GCCGCGUGCAAUGAACGUCGCCGUGCUGUGGCUGGUACGUCAUUGACCCCGCCGUGGCUGAUGACGGCCAUCAUAGACUCGAACUUUCCGUCGAACUAUCGACGCCCGUCCACUUCUCCCAUGUUGAAGUCAUCCCACUUCGCCGAUAUGGGCCAAUGGCUUGUCUGCCAGCAAUCCGAUUCUCAACUUGUCUACUAUCCGAUACCAUGGAAGCACAUUGGUCCCGUGAGUGCAGCUGAACAUUGAGCUGCAUGAAGAUACGCGCGAUCUUCACAGAUCUAUACUUAGUGCUGGCCGAUCUCGAGACGAGGUGAAAGUCGAGAUCCUAGUGGGGUUUGAAUCGGACCUAUGGCAGUCCCUCAUAGUGCCAUCCACCGCUGCACUCGGGGACCUCGGUGACGCAGGUGAGGGGUUAUGCAGUGUGCUCUGUUUGCGCCGUCUCCACAGAAUGGCAUAAUUCGUAUUCAACGCAAGCUAAGGGACUCUGUAUUGUGAAGAGAGAGUGGGACACAAUGAGGGGUAGGAACGGCUGAGCUUCAUCCUGACCUUAUAAAUACGGGACGAUUCCCUCGCCUGUGGGUUGUGCUUUCCAGUUUCUCAUCCACUUCACAAUCUAAGAUACCCCUUCUUCUGACAACUCCUUCCUCGAAGCUGUGUACAGAUUACCUGAACACAUCCAACACCUCCAAGAUGUCCUACGAUAACGAUCGGUCUUCUCGCGGAUACGGCGAUGACUCCUAUGGAGGAGACUCCUACGGAGGAAGCCGCGGCAACAACAGCGGCUUCGGCGGAUCCGGAAACGAUUCUAGCUACGGAGGUAACAACAAUUCUUCCUUCGGUGGCAAUGACUCCUAUGGAAACAGCGACUCUUACGGAGGAAACAACAACUCAUCCUACGGCAACAGUGGGAACGACGACUCUUACGGAAGUGGUCGUUCCAACAAGAACGACUCCUACGGAGGUAACAACGACAGUUCCUACGGUGGGAACAACAACUCUUCCUACGGUAGCAACGAUAACGACGACUCCUACGGAAGCGGCCGUUCCAAGAAGAAUGACUCCUACGGAAGCAGUGACUCUUACGGAGACAACAACAACUCUUCCUACGGCAGCAGUGGAAACGACUCCUAUGGAAGCAAGAACAACAAUGACUCCUACGGAGGCAACAACGACAGCUCCUACGGUGGGAACAACAACUCUUCCUACGGUAGCAACGAUAACGACGACUCCUACGGAAGCGGUCGUUCCAAGAAGAAUGACUCCUACGGAAGCAGUGACUCUUACGGAGACAACAACAACUCUUCCUACGGCAGCAGUGGAAACGACUCCUAUGGAAGCAAGAACAACAACGACUCCUACGGCAGCAGCGGGAACGAUGACUCCUACGGAGGUAGCUCAGGCAAUGACUCUUAUGGAAGCAAGAAUGACUCCUACGGGGGUAGCGGGAGCAGCGGCUAUGGUGGAAACAACAACGACUCCUAUGGCAGCAGCGGAAAUGACUCCAGCUAUGGCAACUCUGGAUCCAACCAGAGCAGCGGACUGGGAGGUAUUCUAAACAAGGCCCAAGACUUCCUGCAUUCGAAGAACAGGGAUAACAACGACUACUAAACCAAGAAAAACGAUCCGUAAUGAAGUAAAGACAGAUCGGCUGGAGGUUAGAAAUGAAACAUGGCCUGUGAUUUAAUUUGGUACAUAAAGCUCAAUGGAUGAUUCCGACUCAAAUAUGCUUAUUCUCGAGUAA